GAGAGGGACUGCGCGGGGAGCAGUUUCAGAUCAUAUUUAACCCCAUUCGCGGAGGGACCCGACCCUCCGCAUGCUCCUAGGUCGCUGCUAGGCAAAGGAAAUGCGAGAGGAAAGUUUUUCUACAGGACAUCUGCCGCCUUGUCCCCGAGACGCGCGAGGUCCGCAGCGCCAUCAGUCGAAAGCUCGGUCUCUGCCGGUCUCGCUCCACCCCAGAGUCGGCCCAUCCCGGCGUGCGGCGGACGACGAGCGAACUCUGCGGACGCGCGCGCCAGCUCCCGGGCUGGCCCUGCGCUGGGCCCCGUCUCCACUCCCGGCAGUUCGAAGUCCGCCUGGGAGCCCAGUUUUAGAGGCCUCACCGCUGUGGCCGAGUGGGCCGCGAGGCGUCCACUUCCACUUCCCCACGCGCCGGCGCCAUGGAGACGGUCACGAGUCACCGGCGGCUCCUGCGCUCACCAAUGGGAGCGCACGUCGCAGAAAGACGCGGACGUCGCUCUUCCAAGAUGGCGGCGCGUCCGUCGCGAGCAGCCGGGCCGGGGGGAAGCCAGCAAAGCCGAUUUUCGCUGCUGCUACGGCUGUUGCCAUGCGGCGAGGCUAG